GCUCCCCACACGAGCAUCUCCCCUCACCCAUCACCCCUAUCCAAGGCACGGCCUAGUCCACGUAAUUCUCUCCUCGAAAGACAGUGCUUCCACAACGCGUCAACUAUUCGGGUGGUAGUUCGCGAGGCGAAACAAAGGGAGGAAAGAGGAGGCGUUGCUUGAUCGAGGCAGCCCAAGCACUGCAAACGCGGCGGUUUGGGAAACAAGCUCCACGUACCCGCAUCAUCUCCAAAAUGGUAAAGGUGUCCGGACUGUGCUUGUUCCUAGCGGCGUCGGCUGUGCUGCCGACCUCGGGCUUCGUGGCACCACUGCCGAUCAGGACAGAAACAGCGAGGGCCCAGCAACGGUGGGCCGACGGGGCUCGAUCAACGACCGAAUGCCGAGGACGGUCAGCGUGCUCGGCUCUGAGCAUGACUGCCGGUGCCAUGGGAGGCGAUGCGACGGUGCCGGACUUGGAAGAGGGGACUGACUUGUUCGCUUCUCUCCGACCGUUGACGGAGGGACCGAUUUUCAACGGCCUCCAGGCAGUGUUCGUGGUCGCUCUAGCGGGGCUCGUGGACGCGGGGUUCUCCGGAGACUGGCAGGCGAGGGGCUACCUCAGCGACGCCGCGGCAGACACGGCGCGAACGGCGUGCUUGACCGCGGCGGCGGCGCAUGUGGUCUUGACGGGCGCGGCGGGAUUCAUCGCCAAGGCGAAGGGGGAGGGUGUUGGCGCGGCGAUGGUCACCUUGGCGACUGGUCCGCUAGGGUUCCUGAAGGUGGCGGCUAUGCCUGACCAAGAGGAGCUUGAGGCGAUCGCUGCGAGCAAGGCCCCGCCACUGUCCAUGGUGAUCAACACGCUGGAGCUGUCCGACCGCCAGUCCCCGGGCGCCGUCGUGCUGAGCACUUCGAUCAAGGCCAAGAAGGGGCGCGAGGGCACCCUGCGCAACCUGCUGGAGAGCCUCGUGAAAGAAACUGUGGACAACCAGAAGGACCUCGUGUUCACUUGCACUGUCAACCAGGACCCUGAGGACCGCACGGCGUUUUUCAUGCUGCAGCGCUUCCCCAGCCCCGAGGCCAUGUCUAACUACCAGAACACCGACACCUUCCAGUCCUUCACGGAUGGUGCGGAGGAAUGCAUCGCAGAGCCGAUGGGGCUGUACAUGGUCAACGAGCGAUCGGGCAAGCUGGGCGAGCCCGUGCACCCGUUCGGUCCCGGAGGGGAGGGCGGUCGCGACGACGCCAUCUACUCGUCUCCGGCGAACCUGCAGGGAUCGCUCGUGCCUGGCGCUGUUCGGUGAGCUACGCACACGGAAUGCAAAGUGUGGUGGCGAAGCGUCGACUUCUCGUUGUGCGAUCGUUCUGCGGACCCCUUAUCUCGUUCUUUUUCCAUCUGCCCUUCUACUUAAGUAGUUUUUGUUCUUGGGGGUUGAUUGGCAAUCUACCUAUUUUGUUGCCGUAGGUUGCAUACUAUGUCACUUCUCCUGGACCGAUUUUGAAAGCUCGAUUACUCGGCAGGGAAAACAGUGACAAGUGGCGGCGUUGGACCUGUCUGUCUCGUCGAGAGCUUUCCGAAAAGUUAUCGCUUGAUUUCGGCAUCCUCUUAGUCGUGGAUGGACAAAGUUGGAAACUCGGUCCAAGAGGUGCGGUAUCGAGUGCAACCUACGGCAUGUCCUAAGGUAGGGUAGACAUGCACCGAUGGAAGGCGCUUCGGUGUGUGUACGACAUUUACAUCUUUUGUGAAUGGAUUUCGCAGCCAGCCACGGGUGCGGCCAGGGGGAGUCCGACGUGCUCUUGGUGUCUGUCGGGUGUACCGGGCUGUGCGCGUGACUGUGUGUGCUCGCCGCGCGGUUAAGUGUAGGGUAAUCGGCUGGAGUUUCGAUGGAAUAAUGGUAUGAUAUCGACUUGGUAUUUGUAGAGAGAGAUUGAGGAUGUUCAUUUUCGUUUUACCUGUGUUGCUUGUGUCAAUUCUGAUGGCGGGCUCCGCACGGCUUGCGGAGGGGGGGGGUCCUGUUUAAGGUGCAUUUGUAGUGAUGGCUGUGGACUUGCUGCUGGGACGUGGCAUUCGGCGGGCGUUGUGUAUGAUACGGAGAGCGGAGGAUCCCCCGAAGGAUGCUAGGAAUCAUCGCCCAAACCGGUUUUGGUGUGACGAUGCGGUUUCCUUGCUGGCAUAAAAAGUAGUCUUCCUCAUAAGACGCACAUUGGUAUUCCUUUCUAUUGAAUCCAAGACACAAAAACUCAAAGGUGGGAUAUUUCUCCCGGAUUGCUCUCUCUCGUGUAGCUCUCUCUCUUCUGCCAGCUCCAGUAGUGUUGACACAUUGACAGUAGUAGAUCUUUAGUACUUUCUCGUGCUGAUUGGUCGGCCGUUGUUCGGCGUUGGUUUUGGCGGCGAUUCCUCUCCAGCGCCCUCUCCCCGUUCCGCAUUCCGAGCACGUGGCUGCGCCGCGUGUCGCCUAGUGCGCGGCCGCUAGGCCGUGCUCUGGUCGUGGGUGAGGGUUAGGGUUAGGGUAGAUGUGGGGUGAGCAACCUGGCCUUGCUGCGUUCAACAUCGGUUGUUCCUAAGAGUUACUGUCAACGUGUAACCCAAGGCUCUCUUUUGCCGCCGCCCGCUGCCUUGGGGAAGGGAUGAAGAUGAGUAUUUUCGGUUAUUAUGCGGCACGUAUGCAACAAGGUGGGUGCAUUUUGCCAGUGACGGGUGACGGGAAACACCAGACAGAGGUGAAAAUGAAUAGUCUAAUACAACAACUUCGUCAAGGA